AUGGCGCCGCUCGCGCCGCUCGCCCUCCUCGCGGCCGCCGCCCUCGCAGGUGUCGGUGCAGUUCCAGCAGAUAAAGCCCGUAUUGAAGAAAUGGUGACAGAGUGYAUAGUAGAAGUUCUCUCCAAUGCUUUGUCGAAGCCAAAUGCACCACCGAUUAAUCCGGAGUGCAAAGAAAUCCUUCGGAAGAGUGGCAAAAAUGACAGAGAGCAAAAUGGGGACAAACAAGUUGAAAUGAGGCAUUUGAGAGAGCCAGCAGAGAAUGAAGAACGUCCCGCUGGGAGUGUGGAGAAAGAGCAAGGUCAGACUGAAAUGGAAUCUAAAACGCGCAGGAAAGGAAGCGAUGAACAGAAACUUGGUUGGGAGGAAGAUAAAAGGGAGGAAGAGGAGGACGGCCGUGACAUGUCCGUUCACGAGGCUCGUGAAGAUGAACGCCAAACGGAAGAGAUGAGGCACCAUCAGGAGGCCAGGGAAGAUGGGAACAGUUACUACRGGGAAGACAGCAGCAAAGAGAGUAGGCAUCGUGAUGAAGAGGCAGAGCGCGCCGUUCCCAACCAGAAAUCCGCAGGUACUGAGGAAUUCCCUGACGGGAAUGACCAACACGCCGUGGGCUGGGCACAUCCAGAGGAGAGAACGCAAAGUCCUGGCAAGAGGAUUCAUGAGGGUGAGGAGKGGGAGGCGGAAAGAAGUGCAAGAUACCGCCACGAGUCCGAGGAACGCGAUUCCUCCCAUCAGCGCCAUCGUGAAGACUCCAUCGAGAGUGAAGCAGCAGCGGAGGGAAAGGAAGCCCACAGACCAGAGCGUUACCACAGGAAGCACCGAAUGGAUGACUCCCAAGAAGGGAGGGCGCACAGCGGAGAGAAGGGAAAACUGGCCGAGGAAGCGAACGCGGAGGAAGGCCGGCCCUGGGACAGGAGGAACCGCCACCAGCACCGCCAAGAGCCCGAGCGGCAACGUGAGGAGAGGAGAGGGGGGUCUGAGGAGGAAAAGAGGGAUUCGGACUGGGGAGGAGAGGAGCACGGCGAGAGGCGGCAGCAGAGCAAGGAGAGCAGCGAGGAGGAAGGUCAGAGGCAYCGGCAAAGUGAGGAGAAAUGGCAAGAGGAGAGGAGAGCCCACSAUGGAUCCCGAGAGGCAGCGAGGCAGCGCGCUGAGGGGAGGACAUAUGGAGAAGGUGGGGAAGGUCCGGACAGGUAUCCCAAGGGAGGCAGCGAGGAGGAGGAGGAGGAGCAGCAUCGCAGUGUGGAAAGACGCCGCUUGCAGGACAGUGAAGACGGAGAGAUGCAGAAAGUUUCCGUAGGAGAGAGCCGCGAGCAGGUCAGGAGACACUACAGCACAGAGGAGAGCGCAGAGCAGCACCACGACCCUGGCCACAGCGAGGAGGAGGAGGAGGCAGAGGAGAAGCAUCACAGCAGCGAGCAGAUCCAGAACACGGAGAACACGGAGGAAGGGAGGUUUGCAGAGAGGGGGCAGCACAAAGGCCGCUUCCCCGCGGACACGGAGAGGGGAGCCGCGGCGCUGUACGGCCCCCUGCGCUCGCUGCUGCGCUGGAAGAGCCAUCGCCUCGAGAAGAAGGAGCACGUGGGGCAGCAGCUCCCCGAGGGCAAAGAGGAGGCCGGGCCCGCCCGGGCCGAGGGGAAUCUUUUCCCUGAAUAUGACUACGACUGGUGGGAGAGAAAGCAAAUUCUGGACGCCYUGAACCACGGACGCGCCGAGAAGAGGAAUCUUGGUAAAGGCAGCAGGUUUGAUGCGAAAAGGCAGUACGACAGGAUGGAUGAGCUUGCGCAGCUGCUGGAUUUCAGGAAGAAGGCGGCUGAGUUUCCAGAGCUGUAUGAUUCUGGGGAAGACAUAAAGAAACGUCACGGAAUCAGGAACGACAGGGGGGAUCUGAGUCAGAGGCCUCUGACGCAGGAGGAGGAAAAAGAACUGGAGAACCUGGCUGCUAUGGACUUGGAACUGCAGAAGAUAGCUGAGAAGCUCAAUGACAACAGGAGGGGCUGAUCUGUUCUGGUAGUUCCGAGCUAGGUGUAGCAGUACCCGCAAUAUCUGCAUUAUGUGGUGAAUUCACUGCCACUAGGCUAUUGUUUGCCCUAAAGACAGGAAAUUCUACUUACUGUCCACUAGAGUGUAGUGAUUUAUACAGCUGAGAAUGUCUUUAAUUUGCUAUUAUGCUAUUGAAAUCUAAAUAGCAUGAAUUUUAGUAGUCUAACUUCCAUGCAAGGCGGAUAUUUUUAAUAUGCUUGUGAAAAUAWUUGUG